CAACGCCGCCUCAGUUGCAAAAGCUAAAGCAAACAGAGCAGACGAAAGCGCACUACCAAAGAAAACAACAGCAAAAUUUGCAUAGAAAGUGCAGAGUGAAUCAUCAUAAAAACACUUGUGCGAAAUUACGUUUAACGUGCAGCAAACAAAAUGGAUUACAAGCCUGUGCCCACUGUUGUGCCCCGCAGCCCCUUCGACCCCGCCAGCGACAGCCAGGAGCUGCGUGAUGCGAUGCGUGGCCUGGGCACCGAUGAGCAGAAAAUCAUCGAUGUGCUGACGACGCGCACCAAUGGGCAACGUCAGAAAAUUAGAGCCAUCUAUGAGUCAGAGUUCGAAAGCGAUCUUAUCGAUGACUUGAAGGGCGAGCUGGGCGGCCAUUUUGAAGAUGUUAUCGUGGCACUGAUGCGACCACCGGUCGAAUAUCUGUGCAAGCAGCUGCAUGCGGCCAUGGCCGGUGUGGGCACCGAGGAGGCAACGCUCGUCGAGAUCUUGUGCACCAAGAGCAACGAGGAGAUGCAGCAGAUUGCCGUCACCUACGAGGAUCAGUAUGGACGCCCCCUGGCCGAGCAGAUGUGCAGCGAGACGUCUGGCUUCUUUCGCCGCCUGCUCACGCUUAUUGUGACGGGAGUGCGUGAUAAUCUCGACACGCCCGUGGAUGCCGAGCAGGCCAAGGAUCAGGCUGCACAGCUGUAUGCGGCAGGCGAGGCCAAACUGGGCACCGACGAGGAGGUCUUCAAUCGCAUCAUGGCGCACGCCAGCUUCGCCCAGCUGCGUCUCGUCUUUGACGAAUACAAGGAGCUCUCUGGCCAGACCAUUGAGCAGGCGAUCAAGCAUGAGAUGGCCGAUGAGCUGCACGACGCCAUGAUGGCCAUAGUUGAGUGUGUGCAGUCGCCAGCGGCUUUCUUUGCCAAUCGUCUGUACAAGGCGAUGAACGGCGCCGGCACCGAUGACGCGACGCUUAUACGCAUCAUUGUCUGUCGCUCUGAGAUCGAUCUGGAGACCAUCAAGCAGGAGUUUGAGCGCAUCUACAAUCGCACGCUCCACAGUGCUGUUGUGGCGGAGACUUCGGGUGAUUACAAGCGCGCUUUGACAGCGCUGUUGGGAGGCGCCUAAGCAGGAACAGAAACAGGAAUAUAAGAAUGUCAAUGCUAAUCCGAGAUUAAAUAUAUAUAUAUAUAGUAUUGUAGUGCCUUUAGAACAGUAUGACUCGCUUUUAAUGUUUGCUUGAAGCGCACAGUUGCAGCUAUACAAUUAUUAUUAUGUGUAUUACAAAACUUAAGCUAAAACUUUAAGUUUUAAUAAAAUUGUUACUCA